AUGAAACCUAACCAAAUAAAUUCAAGGAAACGAUAUAGCGACGGGCUUACGUCUGGUUGCAAGCUCCUAAAGAAGCGCGGCAAUGACUUUUACAGCGGCAGAAGGGUAAGGAGAGGAAAACAUUUUGAAUCAAAGGAGGCGAACGACGGUCAAAAGAAGAUUUAUGGAAAUAAAACUUACUCGCCUUUCCCAACCCUGAAUCAAACUUUGGAACACUACCUCGCUCUAAUAAGACGCUUGCACUGCAUGCUAGGGGAGAGGGUAUCCCCCCGAGCUCUGCUUUGGCAUCUCGAUAUGCAGAUUGAUUUUCGAGCCAGAAUCCCUUGCAUCGAAUCAGAUCUACAUCUAGGAGUUGCAGGACCUCUGGUUUCUUGA